AUGUCCAACGUCGAGGUUCCGGAUAACCUGAAGCAGCAGAAGCCUGCGCGGGGAGGCCCGCCAUCAGUGUACUUUCCUCUGGGUUACAAAGACGCCGCAUAUCAAUGGUGGACAAGUGUCACACCUACCAUGGCAGAGCGCAACGUCCUCUCUCUAGUCCCUCACCUCAAAGAAGCCGUCGACAGUAUCACCUCAACCUCAACCACGGGCACGCCCGAUCCCUAUGGGACCAGAACAUGGCGCCGCUCACUCGUCCAGCUCUCCGGCAAGAACCGCGCCCUCAACGAAGUCUGCGUCGAGCGACAAGGCGAGCAAGUCGAAGAGACGCUCGUCAUGGUCCACGGAUACGGCGCCGGCCUGGGCUUCUUCUACAAGAACUUUGAGCCCAUCACCCGCAUCCCCGGCCUCAAGCUCUACGCCCUCGACAUGCUGGGCAUGGGCAACUCGUCAAGACCGCCCUUCAAGAUCCACGCCAAGGACAAGGAGGAAAAGGUGAAGGAAGCGGAGAACUGGUUCAUCGACGCGCUCGAAGAAUGGCGCCAGGCCCGCAAGAUCGAACGCUUCACUCUUCUCGGCCACUCACUGGGCGGCUACCUCGCCGUUUCCUACGCAAUCAAGUACCCGGGACACUUGAAGAAGCUCAUCCUCGCAUCUCCCGUCGGCAUUCCCGAGGACCCAUACGCCGUCAACGCCAACCUCCCCGAGCCCGAGGAAUCAACGCUCCAAAACGAAUUCACCCAGGACCAGCAAUCCGUCACCCAAGGCCGCAAGACGGCCCCCGCCCCUCCCAACGGACAGGCAGCAAACGCCCCCAAGCGCCCUCUGCCAAACUGGCUCGUCUGGCUCUGGGACGCCAACAUCUCCCCCUUCAGCAUCGUCCGCAUGGCCGGCCCGUUUGGCCCCCGCUUCGUGUCGGGCUGGAGCUCCCGCCGCUUCAACCACCUCCCCCCCGAGGAGGCCCAAGCCCUCCACGACUACUCCUUCUCCAUAUUCAAGCAAAAGGGCAGCGGCGAAUACGCGCUGGCCUACAUCCUCGCCCCCGGCGCGUACGCCCGCCGCCCCGUCAUCAACCGCAUCCACCAAGUCGGCCGCCAGCCCAUCCCCCAGGCAGACGGCAGCGCCAAGGCCCUCAAGGAGACCGGCAUCCCCAUCGUCUUCAUGUACGGCGAAAACGACUGGAUGGACGUGGCAGGGGGCCUGGCAGCAGAGGAGAAGCUAAAGGAGGCCAAGCUCCGGGCCCUUCUCCACGGAACAGACGAGGAGAAGCGCAACGAGAACGGGAGCGUCAAGGUCGUCGUCAUUCCCAAGGCCGGCCAUCAUUUGUAUCUUGAUAAUCCCGACGAUUUCAAUAGUCUGUUAACAGAGGAGAUGGAGGAGACCAAGGCUGCCGGGAAGAAGCGGCCCGUGCUAUAG